GGCAAUUCAUCCUGAACAGCCGUCAACUCAUGUGUUCCAUUUUCAAGAUCGUUACAAGAGUGUUAACACCUCUUCACCGACUAGAUCAUAAACCCUCAACACAAACAAACGGCGUCGGUGUUGGUUUAAGACCUAUGGACUAUUCUGAACACUUGGGACCCUAGGAAGUUGGACAGCAGAAAUAAUCCGUGUCAAGAGUCUGCCUCCACCAGCCCUGUCAGAAAUCUGCAUGUGUGAAGCCACAGGGGUCCGGCGAUGGAGCCCUGGCCUGCGGUGGCCCGGGUCCUACUGCUAACCGUCCUCUCCAGUCUGCUGGGAACCGGCCAAUCGAGGGACUUCACCGAGCAAGAUAUCGUGUACCUUCAUCCCUCUACCACUCCGUUUCCCGGGGGCUUCAAGUGUUUUACCUGUGAAGACGCACCUGACAACUACGAGUGCAACCGCUGGGCACCAGACCUGUACUGUCCCCGAGAGGCACGGUACUGCUACUCCCGCCACAGGAUGGACAUCGAGGGGGACAGCGUGUCGGUGACGAAGCGCUGCGUGGCCCUGGAGGACUGUCUCUCCACGGGGUGCACGGGUACCGACCAUGAAGGAAACAAGGUGUGCACAGCCUGCUGUGAGGGCAACAUCUGCAAUAUCCCCCUACCUUGGAACGAGACAGAAGCCAUCUUCUCGUACACCUCCCCACUCAGUGGCUCGGCGGGACUUUCUAGAAGCUAUGCACUGACGUUCUGUCCACCCCUACUGGCCUUCCUCCUCUCUAAUUGGCUUGAAUGAAAGAAAGGUGUUUGGAGUAAUACUGGAUGUGAAGAUCAGAAGCCGGAGUAACAGGGCUGUGAAUUGAUGGCUUUUCCGGCUGGUUUAUGAGAAACAAAAUUCAAGAGAAUAUGUUUGUUUGCCUCAAAAGAACUCGAGAAACGGGGCAAGCUUUGGAUUUGGAGAAGGCUUUCAAGUCGAUUGGGCAGUUAGCAUGCACCGAGGAUCUCACUCUUAAAAAGCGCUGGAAUUAUUCGCCAUGGAACUUGAAGGAUUAUAAAAAAAGACAAACCAUUGAAACAGGACUGUAGGCCAUCAGGCAGUGACUGACAGGGGAACUGGUAGACCUGAAGAAAUUAGCACACAACCAGUUGAGACUUGUCAGUUUGAAGUUCUCUGAGCUGAAGAGUGAAGAGAAAAACAUUGACCUAGUGAAGGUCUGGAUCUGUGUCUGGUAUUCACGUUGUUGAGUCGAUGUUACACUUGUGCGUCUGUUGUCGAUAUCCCCGAUGUCUGUUGAAAACGUAUGUAAAUAUACAUAGUAUUUAUUUUUAUAUCAGCCAUGGUUUUUUUGUUAAAGUAUGUAUAUCUGUUUUUAUGUAUCGGUAGCUUAUACUAUGAAUAUGAUCACGACUGUCUGAGUCAUGCCGAAAGGAAUUCCAUGAGAAAAAAAAAAUCACAUUAUUUCACAAGACAUCAUUUUCAUAUUUCCAAGUUAGAUAACUAAUCUAUUAAUCAUGAAUAAGGACAUAUUUCUGCAGGUCAAGGCAAGGUAAUUGCAAUUAGACAAAUAACACAAAUAUGACAAAAGGUUAAACUUUUACUUUGAAUGAAUAUUUUUACAAUUAUCUGGUUAUUCGAAAUAACAUGUCCUAGCCUUUGCAAUAAAUUUAGUUGAGAAAAUAAUUAAGAUAUAACUAAAUACUUAAUCUGUAUUUUAGUGUGGUACAUAAUACAAACUAUGUCCGUUAAAAUCAAAGACUUUUUUUUUUUUCCUGGAAAUUAUUUCCUGAAAUACUUAAACCUUGAUUCACCCAUUUUUGUGAUGUGUUGGAACUUAAUAUUUGUAGGGAAAAACUCCCCGAAAAGUUUAAAAGGAAGUUGCCAAACUAUUUUAGGGCCACACUUUUCCAGCCACAGAAACUACAUCGAAACGUUCCAUAGAGUAGUUCCUCCGCCUACACCAUGCCAUAUAAAAUGAUCGACUGUUUAUCCCUUUGCUAUAUUAUCACAAAGAAAAAAGAGUAACAACCUCAAUUAUGUAAUGAGGGUCAAAAGACCAGUAGUUAGACUCUUAAGCGGUCUAUUGUUUUACGCUCCGGUGCCAACGUGCUCUUGUGAUGUAUGUGUUGUCUUUGGUGGGCUCUGUCACUGGUUCUUUGGCAGCAUCAGCGAGCCGGGGGAGGAAAGCGCAGCGUUUGCAAACACAGUGUUAUUGUUCUCAAGCCUUGGUUUGUUAGGCUGGCGGCCUGCGAGCAGGUCACUUCCUCUCACUCUCGCUUUUCUCUCUGUCCGUCAACCGUUUGUCUGUCUGGCUGUUUUCUCCUUACCGUGCCAUUUUUCUUACAAGCAACCCCGUAAAGAGGUAGACAUUGGGAUUCACUAGUCGGAUUACCCAGACCCAAAGCUUCUUUAGUUUUUCUUAACAGUAUACAAACUAACUCUCCUCAGCAGUUUUGAAUGUGUUUUGUAGAGUAGUUCAAGGGCUAGCAUAUUUUGCACCUUUUUUAUCUGUUCAGGCAAAGUUGGUUUGAAAUAAAAGUAACAUGAGGCUA